AUGACGGUGGUUCCAGACGUCGCCGAUAUUGAAUCUUCGUCUUCGCUUGGUCAAGAGACGGCUACGGAGACCGUUAAAGAUGGUCAGACCAGAAGCGAAGGCUCGUCUGACGACGUCGUUUCACUAACCGAAGAUGACGCCGUUAACUUAAACGAUUCGUCUUCGUCAGUUGGUUUUUGGAAAUUGCACGAGAUAGGUCUAAUAACGCCGUUUCUGAGAAAGACGUUUGAGAUCGUCGAUGAUGUGGUAACGGACCCGGUUGUGUCAUGGAGCUCGACCCGUAAAAGCUUCAUCAUUUGGGAUUCUUACGAGUUCUCUGAGAAUCUUCUUCCUAAAUACUUCAAGCACAAGAACUUCUCCAGUUUCAUCCGCCAGCUUAACACCUACGGGUUUAAGAAGGUUGAUUCAGAUAGGUGGGAGUUUGCUAAUGAAGGGUUUCAAGGAGGGAAGAAACAUUUGCUUAAGAACAUCAAGAGGAGGAGAAGCAAAACUAACUGUAACAAAGAAGCGAGCAUCACAGGGUUGAGGACUGAGACUGAGGUUGAGUUAUUGAAGGAGGAACAGAGUCCAAUGAGAUUGGAGAUGUUGAAGUUGAAACAACAACAUGAAGAAUCUCAACAUCAAAUGGUCACUGUGCAGGAGAAGAUUCAGGGAGUUGAAUUAGAACAAAGACAUAUGCUUAGUUUCUUUGCAAAGUUGGCGAAAGAUCAAAGAUAUGUCGAGAGGCUGGUGAGAAAGAGGAAGAUGAAACAACAGAGAGAACUCGAAGCAAACGAGUUCGUGAAGAAGUUGAAGUUGCUUCAGGACCAAGAAACUGAAAAGAACUUAGGGGAUGUAGAUCAAAGCAAUCUAAUAAUUAGAGAAUUUAUGGCCAUGGCUGCAACGCAACGCGAUCAUGACUCUGACAUUUCGAUGAACAAUCAAAGCGGGAAUACGAGAUGUCAGCUUAACACAGAGGACCUACUUGUUGACGUUGGUUCGAUGGGUGGAAACAAGACUGAUGUUGAUGUAAAUGUAGAUGUGGGUGUAAAUGUGAGGAUCGAGUAG